AUGUAUGGCUCAGUGCCGCAUCAGCUCAUCAACUAUACCACCUGGUUCUUCCACAUGCCUGACAAGAUCAGGAGCCUGGUCUCUAAUUACUUCAAGGACCUGCAGAAAGGCUUUGCCGUCCAGGACUUCACUACCGGAUGGCAGCAGGUGGAGCUAUGGUACAUUUUGUUCCUUGUUUCUAGGUUUUUGAUAGUUCUGGCGUGUCUUAUUUUGGCGAUUCUAACAACAUUUAAAGAGUAUGAGGAUGACUCAGGUCACUGGCUGGUGGUUUUGGAGACAUUCACUAUUUUUAUUUUUGGGAGUGAGUUUGUGCUGAGGAUCUGGGCAGCAGGAUGCCGUUGUAGAUAUAAGGGUUGGAGAGGACGUCUCAAAUUCGCUCGCAAACCAUUGUGUAUACUGGAUAUCUUUGUGCUGAUUGCGUCUGUGCCGGUAGUUGCUUUGGGUAACCAGGGAAAUGUUUUGGCUACAUCUCUUCGGAGUCUACGCUUUCUGCAGAUCCUGCGGAUGCUGCGUAUGGACCGGCGAGGUGGCACCUGGAAACUGCUGGGGUCUGCAAUAUAUGCUCACAGCAAGGAACUGAUCACUGCAUGGUAUAUUGGCUUCCUGUCUCUUAUCCUGUCCUCCUUCCUGGUCUACCUGGUGGAGAAGGAUGUUGUCUUGAUGACAAUACCCAAUGAUGAAGAUGGCACCCCAACACCUGCCCAGGACUUUGAUACCUAUGCUGAUGCACUGUGGUGGGGACUGAUAACUUUGACAACCAUUGGUUAUGGUGAUAAGACACCAAAGACAUGGCCAGGACGUCUACUUGCCGGGACCUUCACUUUGAUUGGUGUUUCAUUUUUUGCUUUGCCAGCGGGUAUUUUGGGUUCUGGUUUGGCUCUUAAAGUUCAGGAGCAGCAUAGGCAGAAACAUUUUGAGAAACGCAGGCACCCUGCAGCUGGACUCAUACAAUCAGCCUGGCGAUACUAUGCUACUAAUCCAGUCAGAGAAGACCUUACAGCAACAUGGAGAUUCUACGAAACAGUGAUCUCUCUGCCGUGCUUCAGGAAAGAAAAUCUGGAAGCGAUUGCAAGUCAGAAGCUGACUCUGCUGGAUCGUGUGCGGCUGCCCACGCCACGACCAUCUUCAGUGAGAGGCUGGCUUAUGAUGCCUGCUGGGAAUCCUGGGAGUGGAGCAGGGAAUGGUGGACCAGCAGAGGUGGCUGAAGAGAGUCCAUCUAAAGAGGCAAAACCUGCUGGCUUCAGCAACAGAGAGAGAUUCAGGACUGCGUUCAGAAUGAAAGCUUACUCUCUUAGACAGAGUUCAGAGGAUACGGCCGGGCUGCCAGACCCCACCCCUGAGGAGAAAGGCUUUCCUCCUGAUAUCCUGAUGGAGGAGAUGAUUCCUACUCUUAAAUUAGUCAUCAGAGCAGUCCGGAUUCUGAUAUUCCUGUUGAAUAAAAAGCAUUUUAAGGAGACCCUGAGGCCAUAUGAUGUAAAGGAUGUGAUAGAGCAGUACUCUGCAGGACACCUGGACAUGCUUUGCAGGAUCAAAUACCUCCAAUCAAGAGUAGAUUUGAUUUUUUCUCCUGGUCCACCUCUCACUCCAAAACAUAAAAAGACCCCCAAAACACCUUUCCCCUAUCCAUCUCAACAGUCUCCCAGACAUGAGGGUUAUCUGGCUAAAGCAGGCCUGCCUGAUACUGAAGACCAAAGCCUGAUGGGCAGAUUUGUGCGGGUAGAGAGACAGGUGACAGACAUGGAGAAGAAACUUGACUUCCUGGUGGACAUGCACAUGCAGUAUGACUUCACACCCCCCGCCCCCAUUACCAUGGAGCGCAGUGAUGUCACUGUCAGUAUCAGUGGAGACCGAGUGUACUGCACCUAUGCCCCACCUGUUCCCUACAGCCAAUACUACAUACAUUCUCACACACUUUCACACACAAACCCACCCCGCCCCACUGUUCUACCCAUCAGCCCACUGCCAAGCCACUCCCCUAACUCUCACUUUGAACUAUCUGAACAGCUGUAUUUGGACCAGAGAGCAGGCACACCACUGUCAUUGCUGUCUGUCACACAUGAGGAGCUAGAGCGAUCACCCAGCGGCUUCAGCAUCUCUGCUGAGAGAGAGGAGAUCACAGGCAAUGGGUCAGGAGUCAUGGCAAGGUUGAGCUGGGGUCAUGAAUGCCAAUAUUUAGCAGAGGGUGAGACAGAUACAGACACUGAACCAUUCACCCCAAGUGGGCAGGCUCCACUGUCCUCUACUGGAGAUGUGUUCCCUACAGAGGAAGUGUGGAUCACCCCACCUUGA